GUGCAGCAGUUGUAACCCACCUGCCAUUCAAAGCUGUCAUUCCUUCCUCCGAAGAAUCUCGCUUCCUUUCUUCUUCCCCGGUCAUGAUUUUUCCACACUCUUCUCAUUCUGCAAUUCCCGCACAAAUUGGGGUUUUGCAUUCCACUUUCUCCUGCUUCCUCUUCCGUUUCGGUUUCCACAAUUUCCCCAAUUCCCAAUUCCCCUCUGAAAAAAAUCCUCUCUCGCUCUCACUCUGAUCAAUAAUAUCAGAGCUUCGAUUUCUCGCUAGGGUUUUGUAAUGCAACCCUUAAGUUGCUGAGAGAGUCGGCCAGAGUUUCAAGGCACUUGUGAUUAUGGCGGAUUCCGGAGCACAGCGUCCGGCCGAAGAGUCGUCGUUCCCCGAUUUGCUGAAGAACACGCCGUCGAACAUUCGGAGAUUGGAAGAUGAGAUUGAGCAGUGUAAGGGCCACCAGAAGUAUCUAGCGCAGACUUUGAGUCCUUCCGACGGUGGCGACGUCCGGUGGUACUUUAACAAGGUCCCUCUGGGAGAGAAUGAGCUGGCUGCUUCAGUUCCGAGGACUGAGAUAGUGGGGAAGGGGGAGUAUUUUCGUUUCGGCAUGAGGGACUCUCUGGCAAUCGAGGCCUCGUUUUUGCAGAGGGAGGAAGAGUUGCUUUCUUGUUGGUGGAGAGAGUAUGCAGAAUGCAGUGAAGGUCCGAAAGAGCGGCCUAGUUCCAGUAAGAAAGUGGAUGAGAAGGCUCGUUCGGUUCCAUUGUAUGAAGAAGAAGAAGAGAGAGUUGGUGUCCCUGUUAAGGGAGGGCUUUAUGAAGUAGAUUUAGUGAAGCGGCAUUGUUUCCCUGUAUAUUGGGAUGGAGAAAACCGGCGUGUCUUAAGAGGCCACUGGUUUGCUCGUAAAGGGGUUGAUUGGCUGCCACUUCGUGAAAAUGUUGCUGAACAAUUGGAGAUCGCAUAUCGCAGCCAGGUUUGGCAUCGGAGAACUUUUCAGCCCUCUGGACUUUUUGCAGCUCGAGUUGAUUUGCAAGGCUCUAUCUAUGGAUUGCAUGUGCUUUUCACUGGAGAAGAUAAUACUUGGGAGGCUUGGCUCAAUGCAGAUGCUUCUGGUUUUUCUAAUGUCAUUUCUUUCAGCGGAAAUGGAAUUAAGUUACGGCGUGGAUAUUCUGCAUCUCACUCUCCAAAACCCACUCAGAAUGAAUUACGUCAGCAGAAGGAGGAGAAAAUGGAUGAUUAUUGUUCACAGAUUCCUGUUCGACAUCUUGUGUUCAUGGUUCAUGGUAUUGGUCAAAGAUUGGAAAAAUCCAAUUUGGUUGAUGACGUCGGUAAUUUUCACCAUAUAACAGCAAGUCUUGCCGAAACACACCUUACUUCACUCCAACGUGAUACUCAGAGGGUUCUUUUCAUACCAUGCCAGUGGAGAAAGGGUUUGAAGCUUAGUGGUGAAACUGCAGUGGAAAAAUGUACUUUAGACGGUGUGAAGGGUUUGCGUGUCAUGCUGAGUGCGACUGUUCAUGAUGUGUUAUACUACAUGAGCCCCAUAUAUUGUCAGGACAUCAUUAACUCGGUAUCCAACCAAUUAAAUCGGUUAUAUUUAAAAUUUCUUAGGAGGAACCCAGGUUAUGAUGGAAAGGUUUCCAUAUAUGGUCAUUCUUUGGGAAGUGUCCUCUCUUAUGAUAUCCUUUGUCAUCAAGAGAAUUUGUCCUCCCCAUUUCCAAUGGAUUGGAUGUACAAAGAACAUGCUAGAAAUGAAGAAUCUUCUCCUGAUAUGAACAACCAAUCACCUACCGAUGACUCUCUUACUAAUUUGGGAGAUGCAGUCUCUUUUGUAUAUAAUCAAACUGAUGACAUGGGUUCAAUUCUUGAAGGAAAAUUGAAUGCACAACCAACUCUAUUAAUGCAUGAGGAGGGAAAUGCUGUAGAUGUGUGUAAUGUUGCGAGUUGUGAGACAUCAGAUUUGAAUGAGUUUAAUGCAAGGUCUAUGGACUCGAAACAAACGCAGGGUAACAAUUACGUGCACGAAUCAGUUUGUGAAGCUAGCGACAAGUUUAAACAGGAUAUCUCAGAUGAAACUACUAGAAUGGAAUGUGGAGUCCCAGUUGAUCACAUAGAGAAAGUGGUUGAAGAAGUAUGUGAAGAAACGAGCAAUAAAGACGAAGUAGUCAAAUCGCUGAGGGAGGAGAUUGAUUCUCUAAAAGCCAAAAUAGCAGAACUGGAAACCAAAUGUGGUGGUAGAGAUGGUAGUCCUGGUUUGUAUCAAGAAAAUGAAGAGGUUCUUGCAACUUCGCCGCAGAGAUCCAUAUCGGAGAAAUUGCCUCCCAGGCAAGAGGGCUCAACUCAGAGUUAUACCCCUUAUAUCAAAUACACGAAACUUGAAUUCAAGGUUGAUACAUUUUUUGCAGUUGGAUCACCCCUUGGGGUCUUCCUGGCCCUUCGUAAUAUUCGUAUUGGAAUUGGCAAGGGGAAAGACUAUUGGGAAGAGGAAAAUAUAAGUGAGGAGAUGCCAGCUUGUCGGCAAAUGUUCAACAUAUUUCACCCCUUUGAUCCUGUUGCAUAUAGAAUAGAGCCACUUGUGUGUAAAGAAUACCUCGGCAAGCGACCUGUUAUCAUACCCUACCACAAAGGUGGAAAGAGGUUGCAUAUUGGAUUUCAGGAAUUUACUGAAGAUUUAGCUGCUCGUUCUCAAGCAAUAAUGGAUAAUCUAAACUUCGUAAAAGUUAAAGUUCUGACAGUUUGCCAGUCAAGAAAGACGGAUAUCCUAGAAGAAGCAGCAGAAAAUGCCGAAGAACGAGAGGAGAGAUCAUAUGGUACUCUUAUGAUGGAAAGGAUAACUGGAAGUGAAGAAGGACGGAUAGAUCAUGUGCUUCAAGACAAGACAUUUGAACAUCCGUAUAUUUCUGCAAUUGGAGCACAUACAAACUAUUGGAGGGAUUACGAUACUGCCCUUUUCAUAAUGAAACACUUGUAUCGCGGUAUAGAUGAAGACAACUUACCUGCGGAAUCUAGUAGGAAAUAUUCAAAAGAUAAGAUGGGUUUCCCUGGCUGGUCAGAUCAAAUAGGGACAGUAGAUGAGGAGCUUCCUUUGACAUUCUCUGAAAGAAGAUGAAGAUACUACAGUGGGAAACCAUUUUUUAUGACCCAUUGUGUCAGAGCAUGCAGUCCAAAGCUAUUCCAGCUUCCGCAAGGAUCGACGGGUAAACCAAGUCCUUCAAGAACUCAACCCAUUGUAUGCGGAACUGGUAGCUCCUGCCCUUAGCUCCCUUAGGGAGAAGUGUGGGAAGGGUUGGUGGGCGGUGGUGGGCGUGGUGCAUACUGAUGUAGACUCAUAGCUGGAUAUAUGUCCACACCAGAUCUAUGCGUUUGUGUACAUAAAAGAAACGUCGUCUCACAUGCUAAACUAAAUUAGUUUUAGAGGGAUGUAAACGGCUUGUAAUAGAAUCAUGCAAAAGAGCUGUCCAUAGAUAUUUAAGUCCAGAAUAUUGUCGGUUUAUUUAGGCAGGAAUUAAAUUAUACACAGAAAAAAUAUAUGGACCAGAAAAAGUAAAUUAUUUUUGAUUGAACACUUCC